ACACGAGUUUCGCGCCAAAACACUGCCGGUGGCCACUAGGGCGACGCUAGCGCGCUCUAGUGGCGCGGUCCGCCACUCACUGGGAGUCGGCUGCUUUGGCUGUCACUGUCAACAACAGGAGCCGAUCCACAACUUUUGCAGUUCUCUUUAAUUUGUCAGCCCAAAUUUUUGUUGAGGAGAAAAUGGCCAUACAACUGGAUAUUAAGUUGAAAAAGCAUAACAAAAUCUACUCUGAAGGCGAAAAUGUGAGUGGUGUUCUUGCGAUUCUAAGUCAAACAGACUUCAAACACGAUGGUAUUUCUUUAUUGAUGGAAGGAACAGUGAAUUUACAACUGAGUGCCAAAAAUGUCGGAAUAUUUGAGGCAUUUUACAAUUCUGUUAAGCCGAUCCCUUUGGUAACUUCAAGUAUAGAUUUAGCGAUGCCUGGUAAAAUUCCAGCAGGGAUGACAGAUAUACCGUUCGAGUUUCCACUGAAGCCACGAAGUGGUCGAUCACUGUAUGAAACUUAUCAUGGAGUUUUUGUCAAUAUUCAAUAUGUAGUGAAAGCAGAUCUGAAGCGAUCCUUUCUGAACAAAGACCUCUCAAAAUCUCAAGAAUUCAUAGUGGAAUACAAGACUGGUAUUACAGGUCUGAUAACAGCUAAACCAGAACCUAUAAACUUUAAAAUCAGUCCAGAAUCGAUCCAGAACAUCAAAGAUAAAGCAAAGGUCCCUCGCUUCUUGGUGACAGGACACCUUGAUUCUGCAACAUGCUGCAUAGGAAGACCUCUUACAGGAGAGCUUGUUGUUGAACGUUGUGAAGUACCAAUCAAAUCAGUAGAGCUGCAACUUGUUAGAGUUGAAACUUGUGGUUGUGCUGAAGGCUAUGCACGAGAUGCAACUGAGGUCCAAAAUAUUCAAAUAGGUGAAGGAAACGUUCCUUGUGGGCUUGCUAUUCCAAUACACAUGGUAUUUCCCAGACUCUUCACAUGUCCUACUUUAAUAACAAAUAACUUCAAAGUUGAGUUUGAGGUAAACAUUGUCAUCGUAUUUCAAGAUGACCACCUUGUUACUGAAAAUUUUCCCAUUAGACUUACUAGGUUUUAACCAUUCUUCAAGCUAGAAAUGUCUGAUGUUCUCUUUUGCUCUUUCCUUUUUACCCAAACGUACAUUCAAAAAUCUAGUCAUAUACUGAACCCGCAAAAACCUGACUUGGCAAGUUAUCAUGAGGUGCAACAGAUUAGAUAAUUGUAUGAAUUUUUAUAUAGAAAAGAGCAGGGUAAACAUGCAAUUUGUUUUAGAUGAUUAUGAAGACGUUUUGUACUUUUAAUUAUUUUCUUUAUUCUACUAUUAUUUACAUGUUUUGGUUUAGAAUCUAUAUAGCUGUUUAAAUAAUCAAUAAAUAUUUUUACUGUUGUU